AUGACGGGCAACAGCGAUGCUGCGUACAGUGCGGCUAUUGAAAAAAUCGACAGUGUUGAGAGGGCUAUUGAGCUUCUUGAGUCCAAGGAACUAAUUCCGGGUGGGCAAUCAAUGAGCCUGCUAAUAAUACGAGACGGCCUAUUGCACCUCGCUCGCGCGGCUGCUCCCGCUGCGACCACUGUGGAAUGCCUUGUCGCAUUCUCUCGAAUUGCUGACGCCGUCGACAUGGAACUGAUCACCUCGGAAGUGGCAAAUCAAGUAUGCCACAAGACCAUGGCGGCCUAUAACAUACUUGAUGAUGGAAUUGACAAACUAGAGCAAACUCGAAUCGAGCUGGAAGGAUGUGUGAACCGGGCGAAGGAGCAGGUGCGUGACCUUGAACAGUAUCGAAAGAAUAUUAGGGGGGAGAUAGAGAAGGGCGUGGAAGCGCUCGCAGAAGCCUCGCGGCAAGCUCAGAAAGAGAUACAACUGAGCGCACAACCCGGAGCGGGGAACUACUCACCUAUGCUGCAGCAGCCCGGCGCAAUGUUCCAGCCGCACACACACGUGCUACCGGAGAAGGGAGCCAAGCUCUCAGUGAACGUGAACUAA